AUGGGCAUUUCUCGUGCAAAUUGGCAUAAAAGAAAGGCGACGGGAGGUCGUCAGGUUCAAAUCCGCAAAAAGCGGAACUUUGAGCUUGGUAGACCAGCUGCUAUGACCAAAUUAGGAGCUCGUAGAGUUCACACCGUCAGAACAAGAGGUGGCAACCAAAAGUUCCGCGCUCUCCGGUUGGAUACUGGUAACUUUGCCUGGGGUUCUGAAAGUAUUUCCCGAAAAAGCAGAAUCAUUGAUGUUGUGUACAAUGCUAGCAAUAAUGAGUUGGUUCGUAUGAAAACUCUUGUAAAAAGCUGUAUUGUCACUAUUGAUGGUACCCCUUUCCGACAGUGGUAUGAAGCACAUUAUGCACUCCCUCUGGGUCGGAAGAAAGGAGUUAAACUGACUGAGCAGGAAGAGGCAGUUCUAAAUAAGGUCCGAUCUAGAAAGAAUCAGAAAAAAUACAUUCGCCGGAAGAAGACCGCAAAAGUAGAACCAACUUUGCUGGAAGAAUUCAUGACUGGAAGGCUUCUUGCCAAAAUUACAUCACGGCCUGGUCAGAUUGGAAAAGCAGAUGGCAUUGUGCUUGAAGGCAAAGAACUGGAAUUCUAUAUGAGAAAAAUAAAGGCAAAGAAAGGAAAAUAA